AUGUUGCUGCAAACACUGGUGAUGCCCUUAAGCCAAUUACUUGAGCUUAUAGUUGGUCAACACUUUGCUGCAUUUUCAACCAUACUGAUUGUGUACAAUAAUACCGGAACUACAACUUCAUUGCAACUGGAUUAUUUGAGGGCUUUGGAACUAGCUCUUUGGGAUUUGCCACAGCCAGUGGGGGUCCAAUGGAUAAAUGUGGCAAAAUUGAAUGCUCUAGGCGAGCUGGAGGGGCAAGUUAUGGCUGCCGUUAAUAGUAGUGUCACAGAGGGUUUUAUCACCAUCUUAUCGGAAACGCAUCAGUUUCUGCAUGCUCGCUAUUAUGCCACUCGCAAUGCCAAUGUUAGGCUCAAGGAUAAGCUCUAUUUGUUCCUCUGCGAGGACGAAAGCCCUGAGGAAUUGCUGGGUUUGGAUAUACUGCAGUUCUACCCCCACCAUCUGAUGGUGCGACCUGGAACCGAGACAGAAGCUGAAACAGGAGCAGAACCAAAAACAGGACCCCCACCAGACCUCUGGCGUACGGGAGGCGCAUCGGUAAACACGAGAAACAAGGACCAUGAGGGACUAGGACUGGGUCUGAGAGAAGGAGGAGCAGGGGCUAGGGCCACUUCAUCCCGCCGCGACAUCAAUUUCGAGCUGUGGACACAAAAGUUUGUCGGUGCCUUUGGUAAUUUGGAUGCCGUGCGCCUGGACGCAUUCUUGCCGAACGAAACUUUUCCCCAGCAGCGGGUCGAACUUUAUCCCAACAAGCUGCUCAAUCUGCAGGGCCGCAGCCUGCUCGUUGGCUCCAUUACUUAUGUCCCAUAUACGAUUACUAAUUAUGUGGCUGCAGGCGAGGGCGAUGUGGAUCCCAUUCAUCCGCAAAAGGCCGGCCGUUCGAUUACCUUCGAUGGUGCCGAAGCGAAUGUGAUGAAGACCUUCUGCCAGGUUCACAAUUGCCAUCUCAGAGUGCAGGCCUAUGGCGCAGACAAUUGGGGCGGCAUCUAUGAGAAUGAGACUAGUGACGGAAUGCUGGGCGAUAUCUACGAGCAGCGUGUGGAGUUGGCCAUUGGCUGCAUCUACAAUUGGUACGAUGGCAUUACGGAGACCUCGGUAACCAUAGCUCGUUCCUCGGUGACCAUUUUGGGGCCUGCACCAGCACCCUUGCCCAGCUGGCGCACUAAUAUCUUGCCUUUUAAUGAUCAAACUUGGCUGAUGUUGAUCUUCACCAUGAUACUUUGUGGCACAUUCCUGUACCUGAUGCAGUUAUUCAGCUAUCGCUUGGGUCUAAGCACUAAGUCGGCUGCAUUCAGGCAUGGCAAGAAGCUAGAGAAGUCUAUGCUGGAUAUAUUUGCUCUUUUUAUACAGCAGCCGUCGGCUUCCUUGGGUUUUGAUCCCUUUGCACCUCGUUUCUUUCUGGCCACCCUGUUGUGUGCCACCAUCACCCUGGAGAAUAUAUACAGUGGCCAGUUAAAGUCCUUGCUGACCAUACCCUUCUACAGUGCUCCUGUGGACACCAUGGGAAAGUGGGCUCAGGCAGAGUGGAAGUGGGCAGCUCCCUCCAUCAUUUGGGUGCACACGGUGCAAAGCUCUGACUUGGUAACAGAGCAGAUCCUGGCAAGGAACUUCGAGGUCCGUGACUACAGCUAUUUGUCCAAUGCUAGCUUCAUGCCCAACUAUGGACUUGGCAUUGAGCGGCUGUCCUCGGGAUCACUUUCCGUUGGUGACUAUGUAUCCACCGAGGCACUGGAAAAUCGAAUUGUUCUUCACGACGAUUUGUAUUUUGAUUAUACGAGAGCAGUGUCUAUAAGGGGUUGGCCUUUAAUGCGGGAGUUAAACAAGCACAUUCGAACUUGCCAGGAAACGGGUCUUUAUGUCCACUGGGAGCUGCAGUUCAUUGUCAAAUAUAUGGACAAAAAGAAACAGGAAGUUCUAAUGGACCUGGCCAAUGGACACAAGGUCAAGGGAGCUCCCCAGGUCCUCGAUGUGCACAACAUAGCCGGUGCCCUGUUCGUGCUGGCCUUUGGCUUCACAUUUGCCGGCUUGGCUCUGGUGAUGGAGUUGCUGAUCCAUAGUGUGGAAAUAGGCAAAUAA